CUAUCAAAAUCAUGGGAGAAGUGGAUCAAAAAGAAUUAUUGCUCUACAUUGAUGAGUGUUUUACGAAAAUUCUUGAAAAAAAUGAUGUUCUUCAGGUGAUUGCCAUGGAUGAAAAUUAUGAUCCUGUGAGGAGUACAAUGCACGAUCGGCAGAUUAAUUUGGACUACACGGGGCUAUUUGGGUCACUUUUAAUGAAGGCUCGUCGUGCUGUGCGACUAAUGGACGCCAAUGAUACCCUCCUUGAGAUUCGCGUGAGAACAAAUAAGCACGAAACAUUCAUCACGCCCGAUCAUCACGUUACAUUCAUCACAAUACAAAAUCCAAUAGACAGAAUUUGAUUU